GGUGGCCUAUUAAACAUCCGGGGGGGGGGACUUGGGCAGACACCCCUCCUAUCCCUCCGCCCCAUGUCCACUGGGGAGACAGUCUGGAUUAGAGGAGGAGGAGGAGAGAAAGGAGGAGGAGGAGGAAGGUGGCGGCCAAGGCGAAUAGAGAGUGAAGGUGCUCUGGGGGACUUUCCCAUCUUCCUGCCCCGCACCGGGGAGGAAGUGCUGCCAGGAUCCCCAGCUCCUUUGCCAUCCCCACCAGCUUGCUCUUCUCCUGGGAAGGUGUUUUGAGGAUCCCCUUGACUUCAAGGGAGGACUGACGGCUCGCUCAAACCCCACAUCGUCUUCCUCAGAGCCCCGUUUUGGGCAGCAACUUUUUCGUCGUCGUGACCCUUUCCCCAUGACCCUAAGGUCCCACGAAUCCACCGUGGAUGGUGCGGAAGGGACUCGAAGCCAGUGGGGGGCGGCGGGUACAGCGGAGGAGCAGCCCUCGGAGGUGGCACAUUUGGCUACAGCUAUGCGGGAAUUGAGCCAGGCAGGGUGGUACUGGGGAAGCAUGACUGUUAAUGAAGCCAAAGAAAAAUUAAAAGAUGCCCCCGAAGGAACUUUCCUGAUCAGAGACAGUUCUCAUUCGGACUACUUGCUUACUAUAUCUGUCAAAACCUCAGCAGGACCAACCAAUCUACGAAUAGAAUACCAGGAUGGGAAAUUUAGAUUGGACUCUAUCAUCUGCGUCAAAUCCAGGCUGAAACAAUUUGACAGCGUGGUACAUUUAAUUGAAUACUACGUCCGAACUUGUAAGGACAAGAGGACUGCUUCGGAAACUCCUCGGAAUGGAACUGUGCAUCUCUAUUUGACCAAACCUCUCUAUACUUCCACUCCAACACUUCAACAUCUCUGUAGACUCUCUAUAAACAAAUGUACAGCUAAGAUCUGGGGAUUGCCUUUACCAACAAGACUAAAAGAUUACUUGAAAGAAUAUCAAUAUCAGGUAUAAGUUUCUCUCUUUUUUCUAAACAUCCCUCAAGUAGAAUCUCUCCGAAUGCAGCUAUGUAAAGAGAGCCAAAUCAUCAUAGCCCUGGCUAGCCACGUGUCCAACUCAGAAAUGGGAUUUCCCCGUAAGAACAACUGCAGUCAAACUUAAGUGUCCGAGGAAGGCUGGGGGUAUGGGAGCAAGAUAACUAUAUUAAAAUCCCCGUCAGUAUUCUUGUCUGAAUGACUUUACUUUGCCACUAAAAUGAAUCUUUCUCUCCCUUUUUGUUAAUUGAGUAUUUGGUGGUACAUUUUUUAAUCUAAGAGUUGGGGAAAACUCUCUCUUUAAGCUGGUCAUUUUUUGUGUGUGAGUUCUUAGCUGUCGGGUUGUCAAGGGUAUUUGCUGCCAGGUGUCCAGUUGGUGUUAAAGCCCAGAACUGGCAUAAAAGAACUGGAAAGGGAGAAGCUGAGCUGGAGCUGCUCACAACUUAUUUGCCUGAUGGUCAAGUGGUGGCUUAGGAUGGCUUUAUUUCACAUUCUCGUGUACUUGUUUAAAAUUUUUGUUGUUCUUGUUAAACAGAACAUGCUUGUCAGUAUUUAUCUUCUGUUUUAUACCUUUCUCCAAACCCCAAAAAGUGACCGUGAAAUCUUGUAUUUGUCUUUUGACUCCAAACGGCCGACAAUCUUGUGUGAGGAGAGUACUGUAGCCCUUUACUUUAAAAAGGAGCCUUACUUCAGAAACAUUUCAAACUGGUGCAAAUGGACCUUGACUUUCCAUGUUUUAUUUUUCUUUAAAAAAAAAAAAAAGGCUAAAUACAAGAAUGUCACGCUCCACAGGUGCAACUGAGACCAUGAGUUUCUGAUGAAAACAAUUUGUUUUAUUCUUGCUGAAGUAACCUGUUGCCAUUUUCACUUUUUUUGGAAAAUGGCUACACAAAUCUAUGUCUGUUAUCCUUGAAAUAUCUGACUCCAGAGAAUCGGCAGUUGUUUUCCUUCUACCUAGUAGAGUACUUUGGACUUAAUUUACUUCCAGAUACAGAGGGAAACGUGCCUGUUUUCUUUUUCCCAAAAUGUUUAUCCAUGGCUGUUACUGAAGUAUCCAACUUUGAUUAGAAUGUACUAAAUAAAACAAAUGCCUUUUACAA